AUUCUUCAUUUUUGGUGAAGAACCGAACGAGAAACUAAACUGUUGAACCGGUAAGGAAAUUUGCAAAAGCUGAAGAACAAAAACCCUAACGCGAAGAAGAUCGAGAUGAAACCAUCCGUUGCAAGAAAUGUUUACCUCUAUUCGCGCAGUUUGUUAAUGCCGAAUCCUUGCCCUGCUACCACUUCAUUUUGGUCCAACUAUAGACUUUUCUCUUCCAAAAGCCCUAAUCAACCUCUUGCUGGAUCAAACUCGGGUCAUACUCGUGAUAGCAAUGAUAAUAGCCUUCACGAUGAAGAUGAUAUCAGCAAUAAAGCGCUGAAGAGGCAGAUAGAUAAGUUCUUUGAAGGAGAUGAAGAAGCAUUCCCAUCAAUAUUUGAAGCCAUACUGAAAAGAAAGUUGGCUGGAAAAAGUGAGGAAUCAGAUGAGGAAUUGAUGAAUGACCUUCAAGCCCAACCCCGACAGCAUGAUGCUGCUGAUAAAGGGUCCAACUCCGAUUGAAUUGAAGCACAGAGUAAUUUGUACCUGUAUGAGUACUGCAAUUGAUUAACCAUUGAGAAUACAAGGUUAUAGAUCCAUGAUUGUCAUCGAGCGAGUUUUUAGAGUAUUAAUUUUUUGUAUUUUCAUGUUUUUGUCGAUGUAAUUCCAUCUUUAUAUAUCUUGCUGUUUUUUCUCUUUUCUAUAAAGAUCACCAUUGUGGUGGGAGUUAACCAAAAGGAGAAUACAUAAGAAAGAGGACCAAAUAAUUCUAAGUUCCUCAACUGUACUGUGCAUUGAACAGGCUCAAUCCAAUGUAAGAUGUUAUAAAAUACAGAUGACUUGUACAUGUU